ACAAUGGCGGAUCAUCUGAUUGCUUGUGUGUCAACGCAUCCCGUUUUGUUUGACAAAACUAACAAAAACUACAAAGACAACGACAUGAAAGACAAUGUGUGGCGUAGCAUUGCCAACCAACUCGGCUAUCACGACUUUGAGGACGCAAAAAAACUGUGGAAAAACCUCAGGGACACCUAUGUGAGGAAAAGGAGAGAGGAAAAGGAAACUAAAAGUGGACAGGCUGGAAAACAGGAAGAGGUGGAAGUAUAUGGAGUGCAUGAGCUUCCUUGAGGCUUCUACUUCUUUCAGAAGGUAGCUGUAGCCUGUUCAGUUAUUCAGAUUUAUAAGCUUGUUCUUUUUUCAAGUUCUUUCAAAUACAGCAAUGAAGUUGAAAAAUAAUGCAGAGUUUGUACAAUGAGGUGGCACAGGAAAGUUUACAGAAUGCUUUUGAACAGGGUCUGUAGCAAUCUUGAGGAGGAGCAGCAGGUGGUAGAUGAUGCAGGUCAGGGCACAUCUGAGAGCGAGGGAGAGCCUUCCUGUCCACCUCCUCAGAAAAGAAAAUCUAAGGAUUUUUUUGAGGAUUAUUUAGCGAGGAA